UCCACUAAUUUUCAGGUUAAAGGAUGGUAAGGAGGUGGAACUCAUUGCUCGCAUCCGAGUAGCCAGCGGUCCAGCUGGCAAUGAACAGAUCGCUUGCCAAUUGGUAAUUGACGACUGCACGAAGAGUGACGAGGGUGUAUACACAUGUGUGGUGACGUCCCCACUUGGCUCGGACAAGUGCUCUGCGAGGUUGGAAUGUAUAGGUGAGAUAAAACGAUCUCACCGUCUCGUGAAUCUCAGCUGA